AUUAAUGUCGUUAGAGUAUUGUUUUUGUGAUGUAUCCUUAUUUUGACCACUCUUUGCCUUGUUUGUUUACAUAUGUGUACGUAGCCAGUACGAUCACAGAAAGGGCUGGGUUGAGAAGUUUCAGCAUUGAACAGUGAAGAUGUUUUUGACGUUUAGACGCCGGUAUCAUUUUAUUGUAUUUUUUCUCAAAACGACGUAUCAACAAAAUGUAUUCAUAAUUCAACUAACAACUUUUGAUAAUGUGAUGAAGACCAAUGGAAUGUUGAGACAUCAUUUUCCUAUUUAAGUGCAGGUUUUUGGUGUAAUUGUUUUACGCAGUAAAAGAGAUUUAACUAAAUAAGUAUUUCGAACUAAUUUUCUAAGCAUUUUAUAUUAUUAAACAUCAUCUUGGCAAAAAUGAUUGUACACUAGAGAUAAAACGAAUGAAGGACACUGGUUUAAACAGACUGGUUUUUAUUUUGGGCUGGGUGGAGGCUUCAGUCUUCAUGUGGCAACCCUGAUUUAGAUUUACCGUGAUUUCUCGAAAUUACUUUGGGCAAAUGCUGUUGAUGGUUACUACGGAAGGGCAGCGGCCGACUACGUGCCCCAUCAUUGUCAGACUAGACGAACUCCUCCUGCAUCAUAAGUUAGAAAAUGGCAGGUUCUGAUGCUGAGCAGUUCUCUCUGAGAUGGAACAACUUUCACAGCAAUCUUGUAUCAGGCUUCCAUGCUCUCCUGCAAGAAGUAGAACUGGUGGAUGUUACCCUUGCAGCUGAGGGACAGUUCAUUCAAGCACAUAAAAUUGUGCUUUCAGUUUGCAGUCCAUAUUUCAAGCAACUAUUUCAGGUAAACCCAUGCAAACAUCCAAUUGUUAUCUUGAAGGAUGUGGGUCACAAAGAACUGAUUGCAAUUCUGCAGUUCAUGUACCAGGGAGAAGUUAACGUUCGUCAGGAAGAACUUGCUGAUUUCUUAAAAACUGCUGAACUCCUGCAGAUCAAAGGCUUAACUGGAAACGAUAAUAAUCGAGAGCCAGAUAGAACACCUUGCACAACUCCUCGACCAUCACCUCAUCGGCAACCAGGGUCUCACAUUCGUGUAUCAGAUGUCAGAUCUGAGGCACACUUAUCAGAAGUGUCACAAGGAUAUCCUUCUGGAAAUGAUGCCAAUAUUGAUCUGGCUUCUGCUGUGAGUGAGGAAAGUGCAUCUCCAGCUCGACCAACCAAACGGCUGCAUAGUGAUGCAUCUGUUAGCUCAAGCACAUUAUCACAUAGGAAGGAACAAAAGGAGGAAGAAUUUGUUCAGAAAAUCCCCAAGGUUGAACCCAUCGAUCUUGACUUGGAUGCAGAAAUAACGAGUGAUCAAAUCUCUCCUGAAGGGCUCCAGCAAUUCCUUACAAAUUCUGGAAAGAGUACACAUCCACAACAAAAUAUUUCAGCAGGUGGAAAUGGAAACAGCACCCCAGCAAUAGCACAGAGUCAGUUGAUUCACCCUUCUUCCAUCUCACGCCAUGGACAGGUGUCUGAAACUUCAGUUGUUUCAGUGCAGAGUGCGAGUCAAGACAAUCCAGCAAUGUUUGCGUGGAAACCAAUGCGGCGACAGGACUUCAGAUGCCCCUUAUGUGAAAAAAAGUUUGUUAAUAAAUCAAAUCUCAACAUUCAUGUGCGUGAUAAACAUGGUGAAGGGUCAGGUCCACAAGUCUGUUUCAUCUGCUUUAAACAAGUGAAAAACCAAAGCUGUUUACGUGUUCACAUGUAUUACAAACAUCGUUCUAAUUUAUCACCAAGUUCAUUGCCACAUAAUGAAAGCAAAAUAUAAAAUUUUACUAAGUUAUCAAGCUUUCAAAAUGUUCAUGCAAUACUCAUAACAAAAUUGUUCCUAUAGAUAUUUAGAAUUUGUAGUUGCAGCUCUGCUGCAGAAUUUACAGAACUGUAUAAUAAAAUUUAGGUUAAAGUGUAUAGUUAUGUAGCAAAUAAUUGAUAAUUUCAUAAACUGAAAAAUGUUUCAUAUCUAGUGCCCGUUUUAGGGAGUCUUUUGUAUACAUACAUACAGGCCAGUAUUUUAAUGUCUGAUAUGCUGAAUAUUACAAGCACACUGAUGUUAGCAUAAGUACUUCAUUUUUAAAAUUUAUAUUAAUAUUUUUGUGUAAAGAUAGAAACAGUAUUUUCUGAGACACUUUUUGUGUUGUAUGUUUCAGACAGUGUGAAGAAGUGUAAUAUGUUUAAAUGAACAAAUAACUGAAAAAAUUAUCCAAACAGGCCUUUUUUUGUUAAAUAUGAAAAAUUACUGCAAGACUUAGAAAAAGCAUGGGUAUGACACUGAAACUUUAGGAGAUUGUGAUGUCUUGAGCAGCAACACCAAAAAUGUGAUGCUGAAUCUCAAGAGCUUUGUACACUUUGUGCAGGUGUUAAGGGAAAGAGGAAAAUCAUUGAAUUUCAGGCUCUGUAUAAUUUCUUGCAUGUUUUUGUUUGCCAAACUGUGUGCCUUGAGUGUGGCCCUUUGUUGAGUGUGUUCACUGUACUACUAAAUUUGAUUGUGAUGAUUUGCAGGGUUUAUCAUCACAUGGGCAGCAACUGUAUAAUGUUCCUGUAUGUGUUCAGAAAAAUAAAUUGCAUUUGAGUCUCUUACCAUAAAAGUCUAAUGGGUGAUGUAUAAUAGUUACACUUGUUUAAAAUAUGUUAAUAAAUGAGGUCAGAGAGUGAAACACCUGAGUACUGAUGCUCUACAUUCACAUAAUUUCCAAAUAUUGUUGCAGUCGAAAACAAAAACCUGUGUCAAAAAAUUUUAUACUGUCCAACUGGUGAAUCUUGCACCAUAGUUGCUGGGUGAUAAAGUGAAGUAAGUCUGAUAUGAAGACAAUCUUUGCCUGAUGAAUAUUUCUCUGCUGCAUGAUAGUUUUGAUUCAUAGAAUUUUGUCAGGACAUUUGGCUUUUCACAAAAUUUGUGCGUUAUUCAUCACACAUGAGCUUUUUGUUGGUUUAGCUGAUAAAGCCACCAUUCUUCAAACUAGAUCAUAUAUGUUUAUGUAAUACAGAAACAAAAAGCUUUGUUUUCAUUAACAACUCAUAAUUGUAACAAAUAUAACAGUGGACUCACAUAACAGAGAUGGCUGAAACAAAUGAGUAUUUAUUACUGGGUGCAAAAAAGACCAUAUUACGGGUAAAAAGAGGUAAAAUAU